GACCGCUUUGAAGAGGACUACAUUUCCCAGUUCGCAGGAAGGACUUUCAAGUCAAGCGCACGAGCCUCGCGUCGCAACGGCGGCAGCUGGUGCAGCCGACAAGCGAGCACUGAGCAGGCGACUUUGUUACCACCGCCGAGAAAACCUCUCGGAAAAGUGUGAACACAGCACGCGAAACGGUCCGGCCCGGGGGUCAGGAGUCAGUUGCCUUUGUGCGAACUUGUCAGGAUACUCAAAAGUCCCCCCCCCCCUUUUUUUUUUUUACCCAAUAAAGAGGGCUUUUAUUUUUUUAAGUUGAACCGAAGCGGAGUUCUCUCAUUCAGGAUGUCGGACUGAGACAAAGGGUCUGGGGGGCAUUCCUGUCGGAGUGGUACUAGCAGAUUCUGGAAGUCUCCUCUGGAUGGGAAAAGAUGGACAGGGAGUUGCAAUGGUGGAAAGGACAGCUUGCUGCAGACAUCCAUCAGUCCCUCCGCAUCAAGGAGCUGAAAUUACCAGUCUACCGAGCCCAUUCGCCGCAGAUUGGUAUGCGUCGGUACUUUGCAGACUUAUUGGCCAUCCUGAGUAAUCGCUACCAGUUAUGUCCUACGGCACGCCACCUGGCCGUCUAUCUGCUCGACCUAUUCAUGGACCACUAUGAUGUGGCUGUCAAGCAACUCUAUGUCAUUGCCCUCUCCUGUCUGCUCUUAGCCAGUAAAUUUGAAGAGAAGGAGGACAGAGUACCCAAACUGGAGCAACUGAACUCACUGGGCUUCAUGUGUAAUUUAAACAUGGUUCUCAACAAGAAGGAUCUGAUCAAAAUGGAGCUUUUGCUGCUGGAGACCUUUGGCUGGAAUCUGUGCAUGCCCACACCGGCCCACUUCAUUGACUACUACCUUAAUGCCUCGGUGCAAGAGGGAGAUCUGUACAAUGGCUGGCCCCUGUCCUCCCUCUCUAAAACCAAGGCUUUUAUGGACAAAUACACUCACUACUUCCUGGAGGUCUCGCUGCAAGACCACACUUUCCUUAGUUUCCGACCAUCCCAAGUUGCUGCUGCAUGUGUAGCAGCAUCCCGCAUCUGCCUCCAGAUUUCCCCAAGUUGGACUACUGCACUGCAUCUACUGACCGGCUACACCUGGGACCACCUGACCCAGUGCAUUGAACUAAUGCUGCUUGCUCAUGACAACGACGUAAAAGAGGCCAACAAAACAAAGUGCACCCCUCCACACCGAGCUUCCUCUCUGCAGUCUCAAGGCCAAACCUCUCACCUCUCUCCUGUGUCAGCCAUUCAGAGACCACCCUCAUCGUCCUGCACCUCCACCACACCACAGCUGCUCUUUCAGCCGGACCGCUUCCCAAACCUUUCCCAACAUUCUCCCUCCCUGUCUCAGUUGCAAACGAUUGCCGACUCUCAGGCUCUGGGACCUGUGGUGAACGUGUCUCAGGACUUUUUUCAGAGCCACCGGAUGGGGCUCCUAAGUGGGACUUCUUGCCUGACUAGUGGGGGUGGCUUCUCUUCCUAUUCAAGUCUGACCUCCAGCCUCCAGGCAGGGUCUCGUGCGCUGCCACUCCAGGGCCCCAUAUCCGUUCAGAUGGCCCUCGCCGGGGAAGCGCACCACUGCCUGAGCAUGGCCUAUACCGGGGGCUACCUGGGGGCCCAUCACACCUUCGCAGCCGGCUGCUUCGACAGGUGACGCCAGGCGACGGGGAGAGAACAGCAUCAGGAGCACGCUGCCGUGCUGCCGCCCGUGCUCCCUUUUGCAGAUCCCCCUUCUCUCUCCGUCGACACGGUAACACCUUCGGUAUGUCCAGCCCUUCAUCCCCUCUCGCAGAGACAUCUCAAACGCAAGCAGAGGUCCAAAGACAAGAGAGACCCAGUGGAAGUCAUCACUCUGACAUGACGAAUCUCUGCAGAGUCUUUAAAGAACGCUUAUCAUCACUGUGAAUGAGAUGAAAGCAGUGCCAAGGUUUGUAAAAGUGCACAAAACAACAAAGCUGUGAAAGGAUAUUUUGCUGUUUUGAUUAUAUAUUUUUUAAAAGACUAAGUCUACCACAAUUUUGUGUGGAAAAAGAUGAAUAUGGAGCCACCAUUGGAGAGCUGUUUCUGUGUUCGGUCUGUGCCAUGUUAAGGAAAUGUGUAUGUUCCGAAUGUCCGCAAACAUUGAUUAAACACGUGUAGGCUGUGUCAAGCCUGAAGGGGCCCCUCUGGGAAUUCCUCAUUGCAUUAGUCCUCUAGGGGUGGAAGAAUUUCUAGUUUCGUGCACAGCAGGUGAGGUCGACAGCUUAAAAAAAAGCCUGCACUGGCCCGCUUUAGUCCUAUCACGCCCUCACCGUCUGCAAGAAUCUCUCCUCCACUUCCAAAGUCAACCCUUGCAGCCACAUGCAGGGUGAACAAAGGUUAAAUAUUGGUGUCAAAGAGUUGAUGUUACUGGACCAGCAUGGGGAAGCAGACACCGUAGUUGUGUACUGUACAUAUAAAAAGCUGCUGCUGCUGCCUUUGAAUGAAAUGUCGGUUCUGUGUCUGUGUUAAUGUUUACAUGAACCACUUAAGUAUCAGGGACUUCAACGACAUUACUUGAAUAUAACAUUGGAACAUGCCAUAGCUUUCAUUCAUAACUUCUGUUUUUAAGAUUUUUUUUUUUAUACCGACCUAGAAAAACACCCUUGUUUUCAUACAGGCUCAGGUUACAGGCUAAAACUAGCCUUUAUACUGUGCCAUAAUGCUUUAAGUCAGGGUUGGGGAACCUACCAACCAUGUGUUUCUAAAAACAAAACUGAAGAGGGAGUGUUUUAAAAAAAUCCUCAAAACAUUUAAACCACAAAUGCUUAUCAUAAACAGCUGCUGGAUCAUUCCAUCAUAACGUAAUACAUUUAUUAUGGCCAUUACAGCAUCAUUGGAGGGCCAAAACGUUGACCGUAUUCUCUGUUGAAUCUGCUUAGAGAAAAGAGCUAGCGUUCAGUUUGCUACGCAAACAUCUGCAUCUAGUCCUUGUGUAAUUGCGUUCCUCGUUUCUAAAGCUCCCAAUUUUCCACUUCCUGCUCAUUUAAACACAUCCAGAUUCUCUGUGCCAGUCUCAGAGAUGACAUGGAGAGACCUUAAAUGGUUGCUCUCCUCUAACCCGUGUUAUAUUUUCCACCUAACUGUUGUGGAUAUACUUGACCUUUCAACUAGUUGUUUCCUUCACUGAUAAAAGGGUUAUUUUCAGUAAUUUAUAUACAGUUUUCAUGACCUUUUGAUUUCAUCUAUUUUUUUGGGGGGGUUUGAGCUUUUUGGGAAUCACAAGUAAAUUUCAACUUGCUCAUUCCACAUGACCUUGAUCAACUUCUCACAAAGGUGCAAUAUGUUUUUUUUUUCUGUCAGAACUAAACACAGCCAUUAACUGUCUUGGUGGUGAGCACCAACGCUCCACCGGUUUUCUAAGUUAUUUUUGACAAUUGUGAUACUUGAUUUACUGUUACAUUUCAUUUAGAGGGCAGUGGGCUCCACAAACAACUGACUGUUGCAUAUUGAAGCCACCACUUUUGAGUGAUGGAUGUUACUGGAAGCAUUUGUCUUUAGAUUAGUGUGUUGUUUUGCAUUUUAUUUUCCUCUUGUGAUUGGUGCUGAUUUGACUCACACCGAACUACACUGACUCACCACAAACCUCUGUUUUAUGUGUGUGUGUAUAUAUAUAUAUAUAUAUAUAUAUAUUUUAUGCACCAAUUAAUACUUUUGCUUUGUCACACUGAAUUGUAAGUUGGUGUAUUUUUUUAUCGUUAUGUGCCAUGGAAAAAUAAACGUUAACUGAGGUUGGGGUUGUAUUUUUAUUUAAUUGUUUUUUUUAACACUGGUA